CCCCCGCAUCUCUAUUGGGCCCUUCUUCCAAUCUGAGGUUUCUCGUAUUUAUGUGUUGGCGUGAGUGAUGAGGAGGAGAUAAUAGGCACAACGUCCGAAAAUUUAUACACUGAAAGAAGGAUUUGAUAUGAUCAAAAUUUGAUCAAUAUAAGCCGACCAAAUGUUUGGUUACUGCAAUCAAAUAAUUUCGUCUCCUAUACUGUAUUGCAUCAUUUCGUGUACUAUAUGUACAGUAUUGUAUAUAUAGUAUAGAAUACUGUGUAUAUACAAUAUACGAAACUAAAGUACUGUAUAUAUAAUAUAGAGAAAUUUUUGUACUUGCCAUCGAAUCCUCCUUUUAGCGUAAGACGAGAAAUCUCGAAGAGUGACUCUACACAUGUACCUAAUAAAAAUGUAAAUUAAUAGAUUUGUCCAUAUAAUAUAACGCUGAAAAAAUACAUCUCUACAGGAAGAAGCGUCUGCAAUUUUCCACGAAUCUCUGAUAGCGAUCUCUGAUAGCGAAGCGAGAGACUUAAUUCGUAUUUUUCUCGUGCACGCACGUACUUCCCGCUAUGUAAAUACAUCUUGUAAUCACGCGCGCGAUAAUAAUUCUAUCGCGGCUUGCCCAUUUUCUGGCACUAUUGGGUCGCGACAGUCUCGGCGGGGAGAUAAGCCGAGCGAUUCGUAUUCAGGCUGUGUUCGCGAUUGUAGUUGUGGUAUUCUCGGCCUAAAUAGUUUUCGAAAACGACACCGUUGUUAAGAUAUGACGGUGAUAAUUGAUGUCGCUAAUUAAUUCAUGGAUCCUGCGGGCGAUAUUAAUUUACCGUUACGGAGGUCGUCGUUGAAAGAAAACCGAUGCACAGGAUGUUACACGCUUCGAAAGGCCGAGUAUGCUCGGUAUCUAUCUCACGAAUUUACUCACGAGAUAAUAAACAUCGUAUUUGCAUAUCUGGUGGCCAAAAGUCCGGCUAGUGAAUGUACUAACGCGGAUAAGGGUUACACGUAUAUAUAAAGAAAGGAACGGGACACCUAGCCAGACUAAGCGGUGCUCUAGUUCAGGACAAAGAAACAAUGGCCGCGACGCGGAUAAUUUUAUUGCUCAUAGCGAUCGACGUCAGUUCGGGCUCGCCGGUUCAGAGCCAUCGUGAAUCCCACGGUCGCUCCGUGCCGCCUAAUCCGCGCUUCGAUGGGGUCUUCGAAGAUGGCCACAAUCAUCGGGAAAUCGGUAAUCGAUUUUUCAACCAUACUUUGCUCGCCGAAAGUUUCGCAAGAGAACGAAUCUUAUUCGCCGGGAAUGUUGUCAUCUUUGUAGCUAAUCGCGUAAACUCCUGGAAUUCGAAGGAAGCGGAGAACGUUUGGGAACUCAGCGGUUUGCACGAGGGUGACAUUAUGAUCCAUCCGGACAGUCAGUCGUGGAAAAACGGCAUCCUAGAUGCUACUGCGCGAUGGCCCGGUGGUAUCGUGCCCUAUUUCAUAAAGGAGGACGAUUUCGACAAGGAUCAAGUCAAACUGAUCGAGGAAGCCAUGGGGGAGUACCACGAGAAAACCUGUUUGCGUUUUCGCCCUUACAAGGAUACCGACGAGGAUUACGUGAAGAUACAGGCGAAAAAUUCGGGAUGCUGGUCCCUGGUGGGUCGUCACAGCCGUGGACAGGUGUUGAAUCUGCAGAAUCCGGGAUGCGUUCAUCACGGCGUGGUCGUGCACGAGAUCAUGCACGCCUUAGGCUUUUACCAUCAACAGAGCGCCGCGGACCGAGACGAGUGGGUCACCAUACACUGGGAGAACAUUAAACUCGGUAAGGAACAUAACUUCAACAAGUAUGAUAACCGCACCGUCACUGACUAUGGCAUCGGUUACGAUUACAAGAGCGUCAUGCACUACAGUUCCCAUGCGUUCUCCAGGAAUGGAGAACCUACUAUUACGCCGAAGAAGGAGAAGGUAAAACUUGGCCAGCGAGACGGCCUCAGCGAGAAGGACGUAGCCAAGGUGCAGGCGAUGUAUAAAGAACAAUGUGGCGAUCGUGAGCCGGAAGUGAUCGGCAGCAGCGAAUCUUCCGAAGAAAUUUCCUUGGGAUGGCUGUUCGAUUGAAUUCACCACGGGAAUGACCAAAUUAUACGUGAAAUUUUUUUAAUACGUAUGCGAUCCAGUAUUAAAAUAUCGUUGAUAUUGUACAAGCGUAAU